UUCCAACAUGGCGGCAUCAGCUAAGAAGACUAAGAAAAAGGGGAAGACUCUUACUCUGACCGACUUCCUUGCUGAGGAUAGUGGUGGUUCCGCACCACCCGCAUAUCCUGCUGCAAAGGCAACCAGUUGGGCAGAUGAGACAGAUGACCUAGAUGGAGAAGUGUCUACCAGCUGGCAAACUGUGGAAGAUUCAUACCGUGCUCCACCUAUUGAUCGGUCCAUCUUGCCCACGGCUCCUCGUGCAGCCAGAGAACCAAACGUUGACCGGUCUCGUCUGCCCCGCAGCCCACCCUACACUGCUUUUCUUGGAAAUCUGCCCUAUGACGUCUCUGAAGAAUCCAUCACAAAUUUUUUCAGAGGCCUUGCGAUCAGUGCAGUGCGAUUGCCACGUGAGCCCAGUAACCCAGAGAGGCUAAAGGGAUUUGGCUAUGCUGAGUUUGAUGAUGUUGAGUCACUCCUUCAGGCCCUUACCCUUAAUGAAGAGAACCUGGGCAACAGACGAAUACGUGUUGAUAUUGCUGAUCAGUCCAAUGACAAAGAGCGAGAUGGUGGUGGAAUGUCAGGAUGGGACAGAGACCGUGGGCGCGGUGGUGACGGUGGCCCAGAUAAAACCGAUUCUGAUUGGAGAGCUCGACCAAGUGUGGAACAGGAUGACGGAGCAUUGAAAGACAACGGCUAUGGGUCACGUGACCGGUACGAAUCAGAUCGAUUCCGGGACGGCCCAAGACGUGACGAUCGGUUUGGUGGUAGAGAUCGCUUUGAUGACCGAGAUCGCUAUGACGACAGAGACCGCAGGGAUCGCUUUGACGAUCGUGAUCGUAAGGAUCGCUUUGAUGAUCGAGGCGGCAGAGAUUACGAUCGUGGUGGUUAUGAUUCUCGUGGUGGUGGCGGGCGUCGAGCCUUUGGUAGCGGCUUUAGACGUGAUCACGACGACAAGCGAGAUGGUGAUCGCUAUGGAGAUGAUCGCUAUGAAAGACGGGAUGACAGGCGUGAAGAGAGAGCCCCAACUCAGAGGCCCAAGCUUAACCUGAAGCCACGCAGUAUCCCAAAAGAGGAAGAGCAGAGUGGAGGCUCUUCCCCACAGGCCAAUCCCAGUCGGUCUGCAUCCAUUUUCGGAGCUGCCAAACCUGUGGACACAGCUGUUAAGGAAAGAGAAGUGGAAGAGAGGCUGAAGAAAGAACAGGAGCGACUACAAAGACAGCUGGAGGAGGACAAACACAGGCCUACAGAGAGACGACCACGAGAUCGGGAUCCAAAGUGGCGCAGUGAGACACCCGGGAGUGAGCAUGAGCGUACACCAAGUGAAUCCACACAUCAAGAAGGUUCUAGCCAUCAAGAUCCUGAACAUUCUGAGAAUGAAGUCUUUAGUGGCGGAGAGAAUGAACCUUCCUCUCCCCGCUCCCACCCACCUGCCUCCUCCAACCAUGGAGCUGCCCCACUGAAAGCUAUGCCUGCCCCUCCCCCCAAGGAGAAUGCCUGGGCUAAACGGAGCACAGGGGCCGGGCCUAGUGCUGCACCGAAGCCAAGCGGCUCUUCACACUUGGCAGAUGAGGGAGUAUCAGAUGAGGCUCGGUUGGAUGCUAUAGGGUGCUGCAAAGGUGUGUCUCAGGGAAGAGGAGGAGGGUCAGGGAGAGGAGGUGGAGGGAGGGGCCGAGGAGGAGAUGGGCCUAAUCGAGACAGGCGACGAGAACCUACAGACAGGAAGGAGACCGGGCAAGAUCGAGAGCCCAACCCAUCACCAGAGCCAAAGAAAUAUGAGGAAACUGCACCACCGAAAUUCAGUUCAGCCGGUAAAUAUGCUGCACUCCUGAUUGAUGGUGAUCAAGAAGAGAACGAAGAGGGUGAAGAUUAAACAAGAAAGGAGAACGUACACAAGAGAGUGCACAAACGCAAGCGAAAAAAGAGUGAAGAGUAAAAAUGAUCAAAUAUUUGAUCAGCUAGUAUCUGAGAGAAGGUGGUGACUGACUGAGAAGACGGUGACAAAGCUUCUGCAAGUGCUGUUCUUGAUGUUUAAUGAAGUUUCUAAAUGUAUUCCAAAAUUUGAUUAGUUUUAAUUAGUAACAGUAAAGAACAGCUUAACUAGACACUCAUACAUAAAUUUAGGAGUUUAAAAAUUAUUAAUUUGCAAAUCAUUGUUAUAAAUAAAUGAUAUAAAAGGGUGUUAAA